AUGCGACAAUCGGCGAUUUGUUUGCGAAAAUUUUAUCGCGGAAGCAACGAAACUCCAUCAAUUUCGUCGUUCGUCGCCGAUCGCCACAAAAAGCGCUCAUUUGUCGUCGAUUUUCGCGAAAAUAAGUUCAUGGAAGCUAUUCGCAAGCGAAACGUAACAUUCGACUCGUUGGAAAAGCUCAAAUUAUCGAUUUCGAACGCAGUUGAAGCUGUUCAAUUCGCUGCUUGUUGCCAUUUUCUCAAUGAUCAGGCUUCAUUCGAUUCUUUGAUGAACUGGAUAAACGAUAAUCGUGAUAGCGGAAAAUCAACGUCAUAUCGACCUGUUUACUUUGCUGCAGAUUUGGCUCUUAAAUUAGAUCAAGUAGAUAUCUUGGACAAAGUAGUAAAGCUUUUACCUAAUUAUGUGCAUAUUCUUCCAGUAACACUACGCAUGCGCUUACUUUCUCGUUUAUGUAGCUUGAAAGAAGCCAUAUUGGUAAUGAACGAUGUUCUCAACAAUGACAGUGCGAAUCAUGAUAUCAGCUCAAGAAUUGCUAAAAUUGCUGUAGACGAAUUGGAAUCGAUCCUUUUCUCGCAAGAAAUUUACUUUGAUUUAAUUCCUACAUUUAAACGCUAUCAGAAAGAAUUGAGAGAAAGCCAUCUAUGUUGUGAUGUAAAUUUCAAUGACUUAUUAUAUUCGCCUUUAUUAAUCCCUGUUACCGAACAGCAGUUCGUCUUUGAAUUGCCUGAUGUUAAAACUGUGGAGAAAAUUAUGAAAAUAGCGCCAUAUAUAUUAACAGGGUCUUGA